GAUUUUUAAACUGAAUUUUUAUUAAUAUAUGGAUUAACCAAAUUACUAAAUGCGGCUGUAAUCGAUGAGCGGAUGUGUAUUUUUUGCGCUGGCAAUUGUCUACCUCCUGUAAAUUUUAGUGAUCCCUGAAUUCGAUACCGAUGUAGAAGUAUCAGCAUCUUUGGCUCGAGCAGCACGUUCCUUCCAGUCUUCAUGUAGAAGAUUUGCGCCUUGCCCAUCAUGUCCGUAUCAUCGUUUGCCUGAUAAGGAUGGAAAGGAAAACAGGAGGAUAGGAAGGAGUGGAUGAAGAAUUUGGGCAAACUCAAACAUAACCGAUUGAUUUUAGGGUAAACCCGAGGGCAAACUGCAAUCCUUGGUAGUUAACCUAUCAACAGUAUACCCCCUGGGGGGUAUAUUAAUGGCAAAUAAGAGCCUACAGCUUUAUACCGCUUUCGAGAUUCGAUCGAGGAGACGACGUGAUCAGUAGUAAGUGUGCACUCGAGUUUGGCGGACGUGUCUUCAGUAGAUGUAGCAGCGGUAAUCGGGACAGCCCAAACCAAAGCUGAGAGUGCCAGUUCGGAUUUUCUGUAUCCAUGCUUUAUUGAGUGGAUGUGAAGCUACUGACGCAUACCGUAGUACUAGUGCAGGGCAAGGGAACGAGAAUCUGUCGCUUAAGCUUGGCGAUAUUCAAUGUUUAAGUGGGAUUCAUGCUGGCUCGUUAGCGACAACGGGAGCAAGGAAUUUUAUUUGCAUUUUUCAGUGAUAUAGUGCAGUGCUACCGAGUGCCUAGAGCGAGCUAUUAUUUUGAUUGCGAGUAUUCCCAGGAAUCUAGUCGGUGCAAAGUGGAGAAAAGUUCAUUCACGGUAAAAUUAUCGAUACGACAAUGGUAAUCUCGAAGAUUUGUUGCAUUGGCGCUGGCUACGUGGGAGGACCCACAUGCAGUGUAAUGGCUCUCAAGUGUCCUGAUAUCCAAAUUACGGUCGUAGAUCGUAGCGAGGAGCGAAUCGCCCAAUGGAACUCCGACAAGCUGCCAAUAUACGAGCCCGGUUUGGAUGAGGUUGUCAAACAAUGCCGCAACCGAAACCUGUUCUUCUCGACAAAUAUCGAGACGGCAAUCCAAGAAGCGGAGCUAAUUUUUAUAUCGGUCAACACACCAACGAAGACCUACGGUAACGGCCGAGGGCGUGCGGCAGAUCUAAAGUACGUGGAACGUUGUGCUCGAAUGAUUGCCGAUAUUUCACAAAACAGUAAAAUCGUCGUCGAAAAGAGCACUGUGCCAGUUCGUGCGGCCGAAAGUAUUAUGCAUAUUUUAAAAGCUAAUCAUAAACCGGGUGUUAAAUAUGACAUUCUGUCGAAUCCCGAGUUUUUGGCAGAAGGGACUGCCAUCGAAGAUCUGCUUAUGCCCGACCGAGUUUUAAUUGGUGGGGAGGAAACGACUGAAGGAAAGGCUGCUAUCGAAAAACUUUGUUGGGUGUACGAACACUGGAUACCUAAGAAAAACAUUCUUACCACCAACACUUGGAGUUCCGAGCUCUCGAAGUUAGCGGCCAAUGCAUUCCUUGCACAAAGAAUAUCAUCCAUCAAUUCGCUAUCUGCCGUAUGUGAAGCAACUGGUGCUGAUGUUUCUGAAGUAGCUCGAGCCGUUGGUCUCGAUUCAAGAAUAGGUCCAAAAUUUCUUCAAGCUUCGGUUGGAUUCGGUGGCAGUUGUUUCCAAAAAGAUAUCCUCAACUUAGUGUACAUAUGCGAAGGACUUAAUCUUCCAGAAGUUGCAGCCUACUGGCAGCAAGUUAUCGAUAUGAAUGAAUACCAGAAAGAAAGAUUCUCUCAAAAAAUCAUUGAAUGUCUGUUCAAUACUGUCACUGACAAGCGGAUAUCCAUAUUGGGGUUUGCCUUCAAGAAGAAUACUGGGGAUACGCGAGAAACUCCUGCAAUUGCCGUGUGCCGAACGCUACUAGAUGAAGGUGCUCAGCUGAAUAUAUACGAUCCGAAGGUUGAGCCUGAGCAGAUAUACGCAGAUUUAACACACCCCAAAGUUGCCGAAAGUCCCGAACAGGUGAAAAAAUCGGUGAAAAUUCUUGCCGAUCCGUAUGAUGCAGUGCGGGAUACUCAUGCGAUCGUGAUUUGUACUGAAUGGGAUGAAUUCAUUCAAUCCAUUCCUUUUCAGAACCUCAACUACGAACGCAUUUACCAGUUGAUGAUGAAACCGGCGUACAUAUUCGAUGGACGUAAAAUACUCCAGCAUGAGAAACUUCAACAGAUUGGAUUCCAUGUACAGACUAUCGGCAAAAAGUUAAACCGAAAUAUUCUGACCCGGUCCUGGGGGACUAUUCCACAAAUGUAGAGAUACUCGUUUAUAAGCUCAAACAGUGAAGGUACCCAAACUAUGCACAGGUUUAGAUUUCGCGAUACAAUAACUCAUGGUGCAACAUCAAACACGUUUACUUUAACAGACCCGGAUUAUGUUAGUUAAGCGCCGGAAAAAGUAUUAAAUGAUAGCCUUCGAACAACGCUUCAUCUUGUCCAUAGAGUAUAAAUUAAUGGAACAAAAUCUUAUUGUAUUGAACUUGCCCCAGAGAAAAUUUGACUAGUAUUAAAUGACAAAACUCAGAAAUCAUUGGGCUCGAGUGCACUUCUUUAAGCUAUAUGUAGCUAUAAAACCUUUUUCUAGUUCUACUGUAAUAGUCUGCUAUAGUUAGUAAAUCGCUAUUUCGAGCACAAAAAUAACAACAACAAAAUAGGUAGGUAAAUGCGAAGUAAUUUGGACCUACUCGACAAAUGUGUUCGCUCAUUUCAUUUAAGGAGAAUGUGUUUUUCCUUUAUUACAACACUCCUCGUGCUUAAUAAUCAUAGGUAUUACCUAGCAGCAGUUUAGUAAAGUUAAGUUCAUACGCAAAUAAAUGAUCACCAC